AUGUUCCGCCCGCUCCUCGUUCUCCUCAUCCAAUUCGAGGAUCACAUCAUACAAACAAUCCUUAGACGUCCAGGCUUCCAUCGGUUUGUCGGUCGGAUACAACGUUAUGUAGACGAGAAGCAGAAUGGGCGACAUCCGGAUCAGCCAUUACACCCGGGCGAGGCAACCGAGCUGCCGUCGACCCCGGAAUCGUCAUUCUUCCGGCAUUUUGUCAGCGAGCUGAAGAAUCAGGCCAAGGGGAACCCGACAAAAGAUGAUCCGCCUCAUAGGUGA